AUAAUUAAUCAUUUGUCUUCUGAAUGCGACACCGGAAUCGUGUGAUACUUGUAAAUAAGAACUAUAGAUCCCUUUUUUGCGUGUAAGUGAUUGUGUUAUAAAAUACAUACACAAACUCAACAUGUUAGCUUCAAAAUUCAUCGUGCCAGUACCAAAGAUAGAAGAUCGUGUUUACAAAAAACCGCUAUUAUGCGGACCGGGCCCGUGUGAAUUGUGGCCUUCAGUCGCUGAAGCUCUUACUAAACCGGUUCUAUCACCCUUGUGUGAUGAAUUCUUCAAUGUAUUGGCGGACAUCCGGGUCGGACUGAAGUAUCUGUUUCAGACUAAGAGCAAUCUCGUGUUGGCUGUCAGUGGAUCUGGUAACUCAGGCACUGAGGCAGUUAUCACUAACCUCGUAGCUCCAGGAGAGACACUGUUGAUCGCAACAAGGGGCAUUUGGGAUGAACGAGCCUUUGAUAUGGCUAAAAGACGCGGAAUUAACGCAGUGCAAGUUCGUAUCCCUUACAACACAACAUUCAGCUUGGAACAGCUUGAAAGAGAGCUAGAAAAAUUAAAGCCGACGGCCCUCUUCAUUACUCACGGGGAUUCUUCAACGGGGACCGUUCAGAAUCUGGUGGGGCUUGGAGAUCUAUGCCACAAAUAUGGAGCCCUCUUAAUGGUUGAUACUGUAGUAUCAAUAGCCGCAGAGCCUUUCUUUAUGGACGAAUGGGGUGUGGACGCCGUGUACACGUCAACCCAGAAGGCUCUCGGUGGACCAGCAGGCAUCUCUCCCGUAGCAUUCAGCGCGAGAGCCGAAGAGAAAAUAAUGAACAGAAAACAUGAUCCACCUUUUUAUUUCGAUAUUAAGUUGUUGGCGCAACAAUGGAACUGCUACGGUAACACACGAAUGUACCACCAUACCAUGAGUCCACCACUGAUCUGGGCACUUCGAUGUUGCUUGAUGGAAAUUUGCAAGAUAACACUUCCAAAGUUUUGGGAACGCCACGUCCAAACUACGGCUCAAUUUCACAAGCUAUUGCAGAACUAUGGAUUCAAAUUCCUGGUACCCAAGCCGGAAGAUCGGCUGGUGACUGUAACUACUAUAGUCUUACCAUCUGGUUACGAGUAUACCACAUUUCUCAAAUAUAUGAGAGAAAAACAUAAUAUCUUGAUAUUUGGUGGGCUUGGACCCACAGCAGGUAAGGCCUUACGCAUUGGUAUUAUGGGCGUGAAUGCCUCUACCGAAAUCGCAGAUACAGUUGCACAUGCCAUGGGGGAUACUUUGAGAGCUCUUACAAAAUCAUCAUUAUAAAAUUAUUGCUUCGGAUUUUGAAAUAUAUAUUUCAUUAUCAUCCAUAUUUCUUUUAGUAUAUAUUAAAAAAAUGUGUCUGUUAUCGGUUUUUACCUUUUGAACUUUUGUAUAUAUUUUUUUAAUUUAUUUCAAUAAUAUUGUGAAUUAUAUUCUUUUACUCAAAAAAAAAAAUCAAAUAAUAAAUAAUAUUUGUAAAAUUA